GUCGUGGAGUCCCCGUCGACGGCGCAUCAGAGGUGCUUUGGGGCGGAGCGGCGCAGCCGCGUCGCCUUCGACAAGGUGCGAGCGGCGGCAGACGUUGUCGCCAGCUGUGAGCACGAAGCUGCGGUCGCCCUCAAGCGAUUCAACGAGGAGAGAGGCGCGCUGCCGUCCACGGCAG